UAUUCUAUUUCCAAGACCUUCUAAGAGUCCCAGAACCAAUACACCGACGGACAAUAUAAUCCCUAAACCAACAAACGGAGGAGUGUAUGUUAGUCUGAGACCGGUGGAGUAUUCAAGAACUUGGACCUGAGGUGAAGUUUGGCAGCAAGAGGAAUUAAUACCACGUAAGUGUCCUGCCGUGCGUGUCUCAUCAGAGACCUGCAUGUGUGAAGCCGUGACCAGCGAUGGAACCCUGGUCAGCAGUGGCCUGGGUCCUACUGCUGACGUUCAUCACUGAUUGGCUGGAAAUAGCCCAAUCAAGGGACUUCACAGAACAAGACAUCAUCUGUCUCCAUCCCUCAACCACUCCGUACCCAGGUGGGUUUAAGUGUUUCACCUGUGAAGAUGCUCCAGACAACUAUCAGUGUAACCGCUGGGCUCCAGACCUGUACUGCCCACAAGAAGCCAGAUACUGUUACACACAUCACCAGAUGGACGCGGAGGGCAGCAGUGUGUCGGUGACCAAGCGCUGUGUGUCCCUGGAGGACUGUCUCUCCACAGGCUGCUCGGAGGAGGACCAUGAAGGACACAGGGUGUGCACGGCGUGCUGCGAGGGGAACAUCUGUAACCUGGCGCUGCCCUGGAACGAGACGGAGGCCGUGUUCACCACCACCUCGCCCCUCAGCCACGCCAGCACCCUCUCACAGAGCUACGGCCUCACCUCCGCCCUCCUCACCCUCACCCUCCUCACCUCCACAUACAUCUGAGGCGUAGACCGACGCCAGUUGUAACUGGCCGCUAAAUGACCCAGUCGUGUUGUCGGUUGGGUUCAGUUUGGCUUUUAUCUCCAGGUUGAGUCUUGGGAGAGGGGAUGUAUAUUGUUUGGGCAGUCUUACCUUUGAACUUUAAAGGGAUUCAGUGUUUUUAUCCUUCCAGCUUGAGCAGGGUAUGAAUAGAAGAGCACUUAGCACUGUCUGCAGCACUCUGGGUCUGCCUGCCACACACAGCCACUAGGAGCUCCUGGGAUCAAACGCCGUAAACAUGACUGUACAGGGUUACGUCAUCUCGGUCUGAAGAGAGAUGCACAGCGGGGAACUGGAGACUUUGAAAUGUCGGGAGACAAGUCGGGACCUGUCAAGUUAGGACAUUUUAGAGUGAUGAGGAAAAUUUGAAGAACCGAACUGGGUGUAGGGAUAUGUCUGGGGGAUUCAAACGCUUCUAAACACUUAUGUUUUCAUGUUGUCACAUUCUAAGUUGAUAUUCCAAGUUGUAAGUUUUGACACAUAUGUACAUACACAUAGUAUUUAUUUUUAUAUUGUUGUUUGUUUUUAGAAAGUGAAUGUGAGAAGUGUAUCCCAGUUUCUGCCUGUAGCUUAUAGCAUGUCAGUGAUGUGUAGAAUACAUUUACUUUUAACCUGGAAGGGAUAGAAUCUCUUGUUCUUUCAUCUCUGUGGAAAGUAUUUUCAUUAACAUAGAAAGAAAAUCCUGGCAUCUUUCAUGUUCAACCCUUUAAGGUGGCCUGUGACUAUUGUCGGGGAAAAUUCAUUUCCUUGAAUCUCUAAAAAAAGAAUUACAGGACAAUUUGGGUUUAACUAUUUUUCCAGAGGAUCAAAUGGAUUGGUCUUUUUCCCCGGUCCAACCCAGGACUUUAUUUUGGGAACUUUUCUGCUGGAACAAAAUCCCAAUUCUUUGCUUAGCACACCAGUUUAACUGAGAAGCAGAAAUAAGUUACAGUACUUAGCAGGCACACAAUUAGGUCCUGACAUAUGUGUUCCACAGAAGACAUUUUCUCUCCUUUUUGUUCGUGUUUCCUGUUCAUGGGACACAGCAUUCACUCAUCUCCGUGGUCUGGCUGUGUGGCCUGCCAGAAAAAUGCAGCGUUUGCAAUUACAGUGUUAUUGUUCUGUGAGCUUUGUGAUUAGUUUAGGCUGGAUGCCCGAGACUCUGAGGAGACAAGUCACUUCCCCUCUCUCUCUGUGUCUCUCUCUGUGUCUCUCUCUCUCUGUGUCUCUCUCUCUCUGUCUCUCUCUCUGUUUCUCUCUCUGUUUCUCUCUGUCUCUCUCUCUCUCUCUGUCUCUCUCUCUCUCUCUCUCUCUCUCUCUCUCUCUCUCUCUGUCUCUCUCUCUGUCUCUCUCUAAGUCUCUCUCUCUAUCUGUCUCUCUCUGUCUCCCUGUCUCUCUCUCUCUCGUUUUUGUCUCUAUACUCACUUUGCCUCUCCGUGUCUCCCUGUCUCCCUGUCUCUCCCUGUCUCUCCCUCCCUGUCUCCCUCCCUCCCUGUCUUCCUAUUUCCCCCUCUCUGUCUGUUUUACACCUACACACACAAACACCACACACACCAUCAGGCCAAGAGGAGCAAAGAGAAGGAACUCGGCAAACCGACAUAAAUCCUUGGAGCCCUCUCCAUGCUCUGUUAACAGGUAUAUGAUGAUGUUUGUUUCAGGGGUAAAAGGGCUGGAACAUGAAUCUCGUGUGCCAACAUAUUUCUCCACACGCUGCCUUGUUGCCUUCUCGCUGAGGAAGAAGUGAACAGUGGAGGAGCUGCAUGAUCUCCAGGCCUGUAGGGAGAUACCUGCAUGUCAGUGUUGUGCCAAUGUGAAGUGAUGUGGACUUAACAGUUCGAUGCUAUUCCUCUGUAUAUAGUUGUGUAGCGACAGUAGACACGAAUGACUUUAUACCUUCAUAUUAAAGACUUGAAACCGCGUUAGAAGUGUUUGAUUCAUUUAACCGU